AUGCGUCAUGGCCAGGACAUGCAGUUCUGCGCAGUCGCGGACAUCUACCACGCCCCACUGAAUCCGAGGAAUGCCCGGUGCGUUGCCAGAGCAUCGCCAUACAGAAUUGCCGCGAAGCUGCUUGUAGGCACGACUAGCUUGACGCCUGCGUUUCUCGCAGCGCUGAGGACGCGCUUCGUCCCCUGCACAGCGGGGAAGAUCAGCUCAUCUUCACUGGCCGGUGGUGCGCUAGGAAAAGGCGACGCGAUAUGCUGGACCUAUGUGGCGUCCUUCAUGGCGUCUGUCCAGCCAGUGUCCAUAUCGGACUGUCGUGGGCACGCGGUAGUUCUGCUUAAGCAGUGUGGCAAUGACCCAUUUUGCGAUGAAGCUGGUGCCGCCGGUUACGAGGACGAGGGUCGAGAUUGGAGUUGGGGCUCUGGCAUGACGGGUGAUGAAAUCUGUCUGGGUAUGGGGAAUCUAGCUGGCAAAAAUCCUGGCGGUGAUGAAGCAAGGUUGGGAUACAGAAGAACCAAGUAUCUAGGAGGUGAACUUUGCGAUGAGCCUGUAACUGGAGGCGAAGGCUUUGCGCGCGAUGGGUGA